CCCCACUCCUCAGUGAUCUACUCCUCACUUCUACUCCGCCUCCUUCUCUUACUUUUCUGUCCGCUUAUCAGCCUUGCCGCAGGCGCCAUCCAAACCAGAUAUAUAAUCCAGCUCCACACUGUCCUCGAACAGCCCGUUAUUCGCUUUGCACCCCUCUCUACUCCUCCGCAAUUUACAACAUCCCUAAUACCAAGUCUACCAUGUCCAAGAAGGAGCUCUGCGCCGCCCUGUGGGGUCAGAUCGUCCAAGACGCAAAGGUUUUCGCACACCAGGUCCUCAGCAAAAUCUCAAGCCAGCAUUCAGUACCGCCUGUAUACCAGUACCAGCAUCAAUACCAACCCCAGCAGUACUAUCAGCAUCCCGAUGUCAAUGUUUCCUACACUAGCACAGUCUCCCUCGUCAACAUCACCACAGCCUCUUCGACCUCCCUCAUGAGCUCUCAUUCAGGAACAGAACACUACAACAUGAUCCAGGACAUGAAUAUGCAAUACGAGACCCUGUGGGAGGCCCAGCUUGCACUCGGCGAGAUUCCCGGCAUGUUCGAGGGAAAUAUUCUGCAGCCAUGCGACGCCCCAUGCUCAUCCCAGCAGCCAUCACAAUCCUUUGAGUACCAGCAAUACAGCUCAUCUCGCUUUGCUUCCGCCUCUUCGUUCUCAACGAACAGUUUCGAAGAACACAUCGAGCAUCCUUUCGACCGCAGUGUCGACAAUGUGGAUGAGAAAGAUGGACAAAGGGCAUCACAACAGCGUUUCAUGAUUGAAGGAAAUUGUUCAUGGAGCUAUUCACCACUAUCAGACGCGCCCAGUGCGUUCCAACAAGAUGAAACAACACUCGAAAUUGCAUUCCCGCGACCAGAUGGCGUGACCAAGAACGACCUUCGCCAUGAUCGCAAAGAUAGCGGGGUCUUUGUCCACGAUGACGAUGAGGGCAUUAUUCUCCACGUCUCACCCAAGUCCACGAGGGCCAUGUUUGAAUUCGAGUCGGACCUUUGCGAAUCCGAGGCAGAGGAAACGUACGACUACAGUCAUGAGGAGGAAGUGGAGGAGGACAAGGUCAGCGGGAAGCGUAUCCUUUCGUUAAGGGAGCAGGUUAUGGGCGACGACUUGUUCCUCAUGGAAAAUGGAUCGCUUCUACUCUCGCACUCGUCGCUGCUGGCUACUGUAUCCUCGCUUUCUUUGCGAACCUAGAUGCGCCCGCUAUUUUUUAUCGCGUCGAUGUAUCCAUAGCUGUAAAAUAGUAUUUCAUUGGGCCCUUUCUGGGUUUGUGCUGGUUACAAACCCCUCCCUUUUGCAUUAAAAUAACAUAGUAGUAAUCUACAACCAAAAGCAACUCCGUUC